AUGUUUUGCCUGAUUGCAGCUGUGCAUGAAGGCAAUGAGACGGUGGACUAUGCUGCCAGGAAGGUUGUCAGGAAGUCACAGCACAUUCCACCACUUUUCAGUCCACACUCUCCACUUGGCUGCAGCAAUCCUUUUCUGCUGCCCUCCACCAGAGAGCGCUGUACCGUGGUGGCCAUCUUGGGAACUCUUCGCCGGGUGACCUUCUCCGUGGUCAGCCAGGCUCAGGAUCCCGGCUGCUACGACAGCGGCAUGGAGGACUCGGAGACCCCCAGCAGCAAGAGUUCAUCGGGGCCACGCAUGGGAGCUCUGCCACUGCCGGAGGAAGGUUACGAGCGCACCACACCCGAGGGCAGUGUGGGGGAGGAGGAGCAUGUGGAGAACGAUGCCAGGCAGCUGCCAGAUGUGGCUUUGACCGGAAAGUGUACGCGGGAGUGUGAUGAGUUCGGCCACUCGGACACAUGUUGGAUGCCCAUGCGCUCGUCGCCACGGCAACGCCACGGCAGCGACCCCCCGCGACUCUCCACCUUUUCCCCCGGUGACGACAACAACAAUCUGCGAAGGAACGACCACGAGAGCGACAGCGAGAGCGCGGGGAGCGCCGGGAGCUCGGAACCAGGGAUUGUCGUCCCCGGAGAAGGUCAGAGGUUACCCCUAGUCAACGGUGACCCUCUGGGCACCUUAGGAAGAGCCAACAAGAACAUGGGCGACCACAAUCGGAACCUUCUCAACCGGAAGAUGACCUCGGCGUCGUACGACACCUUCAGCAGCGCAGGCUUUGGGAGGCGCCAACAGGAGGAGGGAGGAGGAGAAGAAGGCCAAAACCCAGCGGAGGUCAUACCUCUCACCCGAACUGGAGGGGACUUCAAGACCACGUCCUGCCUCACAUUGUCACGCCGUGAAGUCUACCUGUGACCUCCUCCGGCACGCAGCAAUCGGCCUUUAGUCGGACUUGUCAACAUGAUGCUUGACUAGAAGUUGUAUAUGCAUUGAGAACUUGUGGAUUGUAAUAUUUAUACUUCAGCCAGUGAUGCAUCAACUCCUUUGAGAGCUCCUGCCAGGAGUACUUUCCUUUAAAAAGACUACAAAACAAGAAGAAAAAGAAGUGAACGCUGAUUCUAUAAUGUGGAGGAGGACGACAGCAUCUCUCCUUCAUUGUUUUUCUACCUGAAUCUGAUGCAUGCCAGACCUUCUGCCUCUGAGAGAAAGACUUGAAAUCUUCAUCACAACGCAAACUUUCAAGAGUCAAGCGGCAAACGUUCAACGUUUAGCGAUAAGCAGAAAAAAAUACAACUUAGCUCUCCGGUUUGAAUUUAUUGAAGCAGAAUUAGCGUCACACUAUACCAACAAAAAAUAAUAUACAUUUUUAAUAAUAAACACGCCAAUUUACAAAAAUAACGUGGCAACAACACAGAAUUCAAACCUGACAUUUGCAAGCAACAGACUGAAUCUCGCCUAUUUUCAUUUUUAAGCGCAUGCUGACAAAAAUCAAUUCACAUCCAAAUUGUGAAUUACGAAUCUAAAUUGGUUUGUUAUUUUUAAGAAUCAAUUUUUAAACUGAGGAUUUUGUUUAUUUUACUUGCUACGUGUAUACGUCAACCUUUUGUAACCCUUUUUUGAAAAGGUUUUGUUAUAACUUGCAUCAUUAUUACAAUUCCAAUAUAAAUAUUAGACCAAAUAAUAUCAUCUGAGAAUCAGUUUGAAUCCAGAAUCCAUUCUGUAUUCCAAGAAUAGGAAUGACAUUUAAGUUGUAAGAUCAGCAACCCGAGCAAAGGCUGCAUUUGUCAUAUUCAGACUUUUUUAUGUUGAUUUGAUUUCCUGAAGUUGCAACUUUUCGCUUUUACAACAUCUUUAUUUUAUGCUGAUUUUAUGUAGUUAUUUGGUUUACGUUAUAUUUUUGUAAAUAAAUAAAUACAAAUUAUGGUAACAUAACAACUUUAAACUCCCCCAUCUUUUUCAUGUAAAACGACAAGUUUUUGAAAUUAUUUUGUUACACCUUUAUUUUUGGUUUAGACAUUUUUAUCAAAAUAUUACAACUUUAUGCAAGUAAAACAAAAUCUCGUAACACUAUGAUUUUAUUCAAAUAAAAUUGCAAGAGAUACUCGGAUUUUGUUCUGGAAAACAUCGUAAGCCGGCUAGUUGUGAAGCGUUUGUGAUUCCAAAGAUGUGGAGGACCUCAGGCAGGGUGCAGGUUAGAUGAGUCUUUACUUCAAUACACAAGGCAACAUACCAAACUGGGUGCUAGCUUAGUGUGGCAUUAAGAUAGCUGAGUGAAAAACGUGCGUAGCGUGAAACAAACAACAAACAAAUAGUCGUCUGUAGUGAACACUGGAGCAGAAACCAAGACAGGAAAACACCAGAAUAUAAAAGGGAGUGAUUGGGGAAGAACCAAGUGAGGACGCUAAUCAAUUAGAGAAAGCAGGUGCAGCUAAUCAGUCACCUAGCAACAGCAAAAUGUAACCAAGGAAGCAAAGGAGCAUCGAAAAACAUAACAGGCCACUAAACUAAGGAGAAUAAUACACAGACUCUAACCUGGUGGGACAAACCACAACAAUACCUUUUAAAACUGUUCUCAUAGGACAUUAGUGUCUUUUACAACUUUUUCCUAAAAAUAAACAUCGAACUAUAUUCUUGCAAUUUUUCUUACUGGUAAUAUAAUUUAUUUCUUUUCUUAAGUUAAAACAUUUUCCCUGUAUUAUUACAACUUUAUUAUCAAAUGAUGACUUUCUUCUUAUAGCGCCAUAUUAUAUUUCCCAUUUAGUGUGGCCCUAAUACUUCUUCGUACAAUGUAAACUAGUUAGAUAAGACAAGGUUGAGUAAAAGAACAAGUAGUCUGUUAGUUAUAUGCGGCUUACAUUAGUGUCAAUUGUUUCUUGAGGAACACCAACUGUACUUUUACUUACAGUAUAGUACUAAUGAACAAGUGUACAGUACAAGGCAAUUAUUAUAGAUCAUCUUAAUGAUCCCUAAAGCAGGUACUCUUUUUUUCUAGACUGCAACUAUGUGAAUUUUUGAUAAUAAUCUCAUGUAACCACUCAGAACACAAGCGCAUCACGGUGGGUUUGACCUCAUGCCUUCACACACAGCCUGUAUGUCCUGGAUAUUAAGUAUGCCUACAUUGGAAAACAAAGCAGCGUUGUCCACUCACCUACAAGACCGUGACCCUGCGUGUGCAUGAACACGCCAACGGGCACACGCACCUACACACAAACUGGCGUGGAGGCAUGAAUCCUCACAUUGACUUUACCACAAAGACAAUGGGCAUUGGCUUUCCUGCAGUACACUUAUGCAUACAAACGGCUAUUUAGAACAUUGAAUAACAUGCAGCUCCAUUAAAAGAACUUCCAUCACAACGUGUAAGAUUCAACAGUGUGCAGAUAAAACAUCCAUCCAUCCAUUUUCUACCACUUGUCCCUCUAUCCCAGCUGCACUUGAGUGGAAGGAGGGGUACACCCUGGACAAGUGUCCGCCUCAUGGAAGGGGCCAACACAGAUAGACAACAUUCACACACUAGGGACCAUUUAGUGUUGCCAAUCAAUCUAUCAGGUGUAUGUAUUUGGGGGUGGGAGGGGCCUAUCCCCAGGUGCAUGUCUUUGGAGGUGGGACGAAGCCGGAAUACCCCUCCGGGUAUUCCGGCUUCGUCCCACGCGGUCACGGGGAGAACAUGCAAACUCCACAGAGCCCAGGGAUCGAACCCAGGACCUUCCUAUUGUGAGGCACACGCACACACCACAAUCCUACCGUGCUGCCCAGAUAAAACAUAGUCAGCGUAAUGUAAGUAGGACUCAUAGUCUGGGGUAAUAAUGCUAACCCUUUUCUGGGAAUAAAAAGGCUUUUUGGGGAUAUUUGCUUCCAUCUGUACUGUAACUAAUGGUGUGCUUAAAGGCAAAUAGAGAUGAAGAUGGCAGGAAGAGGGGAAACACUUUUAAAUUCAGAUUGCACAAAGCGCAACCCCGUGUUUCUGUGCAUGAACUCUUUCGCCCUUUCCCACUUUUGAAGAGCGGCGGCUGCAGACUGCACAUCUUAAUUCCCAUCAUGAGAUAAUCGGGUUAGCACGUCCCUCUGGUCUUAAUGAGUCCCUUUUAUGGCUCCUCUCCUCCCUUCAUCUUACACAAUCUUAUUAUCAACGUCUCAAUAUGUGAAUGUAACCGCAAUUUGUCAGGAAGUGUGUCUCCUCAUUGUUCUGGUGCUUUCCGAGCAGAUAAUGAGGGGAGGGACUAGGUUUAAGAUUCUUAUGUAUGAGUAUGAGUGGGACAGCAAGCAUUUGAUGCCUAUCCAUGUAUAUAUAGUGUAUGUACCUUCUACAAGCGUGUGUCUCCCUAGAGCUGUCUUCAUUCCCUGACAGACUUUAUCCACUGCUGGAAUGGAUGCUCCAAAAAGGAACGUUUUGCCAAGAGACCCUUUAUCUCUGCUGUUUUAAGGCAGUUUCAUGAUUGCACCUUUCAAGGGAACUCGCUGUAAAUGAAUCAGUAACCUUUGAUAGAAUAUACUGCACGUUUAAACAUGUUUCACUACUGCAAAAACAAGAGGGGUGGCAGUCCUAAAGAGGACAUUUUAGCAGACAGGACAGUGGACAUUGGACUGUCCUCCCCUCUCUGUAGAUAGCCAUGUACAGACAACACUUGACUGGAUACCGUAAAGGACAACGGCAUGCUGAAGCUCUUCAAAUCUGCACUUCUCAUGAAAGAAAAAAAAAAUGGGAGAUUUUGUUUUCUUCCUUAGUUGUUUACUUUUCUUUGGAGAUUUACUCUGUUUUUCGCUCUCCCCUUCCCUCCUCUUAACGACUUAAUGAACUAAUUGCAUUUGCUAUGACAAGAAAGAAGAGACCUGUCAGCACAUGGUUUGGUUAUGAAGAAGAAUCCUGUAAAAGUUUCAAUUUGACAUUAAA